UUGUAACGAAGCGUUCGAUUUCUUCAAGAGUUCGGGAGGAAAAUUACGAAUACUAAAACCGAAUAGCCAUAAUAUAAUAUAUAUCCACUAAAUUUAUAUAAUAUAAUAUCCACUAAAUUUACGAGCAGAGCAACAUCCUGAUAGACAUUGGUAGCUCUAUCAUGAAAAAGAGUGCUCAUAAAACACGCUCGAUUCUAACACGUUUAACGAUCUUCUUCCUGUUAAUAAAAUCUGCUCUCGAGAAAAGAAACUUUUACCAAACUACCGCCAACCUGAAAAUUUUUAUUGUUAUGCCUUGUCAAUGAUUAAUGAGUCGUAACGUUCAUCAAACAGUUAUCAAUUCUUAAUAAAGAAAUCUUUUUCUGAUAGAAUUUUAUAAAAGCAUUUAUAAAAUACUUGAGCUUCCAACUCGAAAUUUUAAUUUUAAUGCGAUCUUGUAGAUUCUUAUGAAAACAUUCAGAAGAGUUUUUCUUAAAAUUGUAUUGACAUCAAAUGAUUUUUGAUUCUAUAACUUUCGAGCAAUUUAAAAUAUUAAAAAUUAUUAUUUGUUGAUAAUGCAAUCUAUGUUUUCAUUUUCGAUCUCAAUUCAUAUCGAUGCAAUAUCGAAUCUUACUUUAAUAUGAUGACUCAAAUUAAUAAUUAUUGUAAACGAGAAAUGUAUAAUUCGAAUAAUUUCGAUAUUUCUGACAUUACGUCGAUAUUAUCAUCGAUCCUCAAACAAAUAUUUGAGAAUUACUCGAGAAAAACAUUCCCUGGUCUAUCACUGAUCUCGAUACACCGCGAGAUUGCAUUCUUUUAAACCUAAUCAUCUUUCGCGCGGAUUUUAUGAUCGAACGGCUUUCCACAAGAAGGGAGGGUCGAUUCAAUCUCUUCACAGAUUGCAACGUGAUACGAAUCUCAUGUAAAUUCGCCAAGUAUCCGGACGAAAGGGCCAAUUGUUCGAAGGUGGUGUGCGCGAUGAUUGCGUCUACAUCCGUGAGUUGGUGCACGUCGUGCAGUCAGGAAGUUGGCCAGAUUGAAGGCUUCCAGGUCGUUCCGGUAACCUUUCCUGGAAACUCCAUCCCAUUAUCGUGGCGCGUUCGCGCGUAUCAUCAUCGUUGUAUUAUAAAGGUUCAUAUCGGAUGUAUAUCGUUAGAGUGACAAGCGAUAAUUCAUUCAUUCAAAUUUUCAGAAAAGUUCUCUUCAGAAGAGAAAAUUAUUCUUCGAUAUUCGUAAGAAAAGAAAGAAAGAAAGAAGAAAAAAAAGAAAAGGAAAAGAGGAUCCCUCGAGGAAGAAAAAUUGAUUUUGGAGAAAAACUUUCUCUUGCAUUUGUCAAGAUUUUGAUUAUGACGCUAUUCAAUCGUAGAUACAAAAAUUGGCUAUAAAAAUUGAUAUAAAUUUGUUGCGAUGCGAGGGAAAACGUGUGCUUGUGCCGAAAGUACGGCAUAAAGACGCCAGUGACGGCGUCGUAAAUUGAAACGAAUAUUACUGUAAAACGUUAUCGAUACCGAUUUAUGGUUAUUUAUCAGCGACCCCGUUCCGAUAAACAACCGGAAAAACACGCUAUUUGGAGAGGAAGAAAGUUAAAAAUGUCCGACGCAUCGACAGAUUCUUCUCGCGUUCUUUUCCCCGUUUAAGAUAAGUCUCUUUUAGAAUAUGACCUUAUUCUAAGGAAGACGACCCUAUUCCUCGAAACGCAAAAAUAUUUCGGUCGAAUAAAUCAAUAAUCGCGGCACGGGGUCAUCGUUAAAAAUAGUUCCCGGGUAAAAAAGUAAUUAACAAAUGGAUCGUUUCUUAUCGACAUCGAGGGGUUGGAAACUAUGUUUACGCAACCUGAUAUUUAUACGGUUCUCUCGUUCGUAAGUGUUUAUUAAAGAGAUAUCUCAAUUAGUUGCACGAUGUAUUGAUGUAUCAUUAGAUGUAUGAUUCGCUUAUUUUGGAAAGAAAUUAAUUAAACGAGAAAAAAAAUGUAUAAUUAACGCAAUGGUGUGAACUAACAGGAUAUAUUUCUUUUGAAAGGAAAAAAGAGCGAUUUCUUAUCCUCCUGAAGUGAUUUAUGAUGGAAACGGAAAACGAGACGUGAGAAAGAUAUUGUAAAGUGUACAGGAUCUGCCAGUAGUACAUCUCGAUAUUGGACGCGACGAGUUGCAUUAGCGCAGUAGCAAAAAUGUAGGGGAAGAAAACACGGUUGGUAUGGCAUGGUAUGGCACGGUGGCGAUUUAAGUAAUAUUUUUCAGAGAUUUACUGGAAAUUGACGUCCACAGCACACAUUGUGGAAGAAAGUAGUCGAUUAAUGAUUCCACAACUCAAUUCCGACGUUUUAAUUGAUCGUACAUUUUAAAGAAAAUUUAUCGAUACGAACGGAGGAUCUUGGAAGUAUUUCCUUCCAAGGAAAAAGGAACUAGUGAUAAUCUUUAAAAAAGUUCGACCGAAAUAGCCGAGAUAUUUGCUGUGAAAGGAUGAGCGGCAAAAGUUUCCAUUAAAGAAUCGUCUGUCGAUGUUUUGAACAUCGUUGAAACGCUUCCUUUUAAGAGGAAAUGCAAGGGAAUUAAAAAAAAAUAUCAGGUAUAAUCAAUAAAACAGCACAAGAGAUAGAGUUCCUAAGAUUACUCGAAGAAAUAAAUUUAUCGUGGCUCUUCCUCGUAUUUUAUUUUAUUUUCUACUCGUUUAUCUUGGUAUGAAUAAUUUCGAAACAAGAGAUAAAGUGGCUGUAUAAAUAGGAUAUAUUCUUUAUAUAUCCUUAAGAUUAAAUUCCAAUUUUGCAGCGUUUAAUUUUUCCUCAUUUUAUAAUUCAAUUUCACCUUUGUUUUGUUAAAAAUUAAAUCAAAAGGAUUUGAAUUUGGAAGAAAAAAAAUUUUUAUUUAACAUCACGAUUAUUGUUAAAUAUCGAUAAAUUUAAUGAAUUGUUAAAUCGAUUUUACGAAAACUCAGAAUAAACUGAUUCUCCCAUAUAUUUCGAAUGGAGAAUAAACUAGUAAUUAUAUGGUGAAAAUCGAAAUGUAAAUUAUUUUUAAUGGAAUAAUAUAUCAUGGUAAUGAGCUAGACGACCUCAUAGAUCCUUUAAAGUAAUUACCAUUGCACUCCCACAGAUAUUGAUACGAGAUUGGAAUCUAUAAUUCAACAUUGAGUCUGAUUCUAAUCCACAAUAUUAAAAUCUAUUAAUAUCGAACGAAAUUUUUGCGAUUAUAUAAAUAAGAAUAUUUCGUUUAUCGUACAAAAUAAAAUGUCUCAUUUGCUUUCCGAUAUUUUAAAAUUUAUCGAAACCGUCCUGAUUUAAAUAUUUAUGAAUCAAGAUAAUAACGUGCAUUUACGUACAGGAUUUGUAUAAAUAUUGGUGGAAUAUCGAGCGAGGAUGAGAAUUUAUUUGGCGAAACUCAAAAUUAUAUUGUUUUUCCUCGGUGGGCGGAAUUAUUCAUUAUAUAUCUUCCUCUGAUUUGCACUUUUAUCAUUUCUCUCGCUUAUUUAUCGACAAAUAAAUGACAAUAGUUCGAUAAAAUUGCGCUUUCUGGCAAAUAAGUCAAAGCCUACAAGAUCUAAAGCCUUUUUUGCCGUCCGCUUUGAAUAUCUGCAGGAAUUUGCGCGCGAAAGACAGAGGAACUUUUCGAUUUCUUCGAAUUAUCUCAAGCCAUUAGUCACGAAUUUUAUCACUGAACACACUUCAUACGUGACCACUUACAUUGAAGAUUUCCAUCGUACGUUGUUAUUACGUAAUAUUCUUUAAGCAAGCCACGUUCGAACCGAUAAUAAACCGCGCCACUUUGGCAAAGUGCAUUCCGUAAUUCGACCAAACACUGAAAAUUUCACGAAUACAAAGUGUCUUUUCUGCGUGUAACAUCCGUAACAACCGUUACGAAAGUAUUAUUCGCCAACCCCUCGAAAAUAUCCACGAAUGUGCUCCCUUAACGUUGCUCCGACUACCACAGAUCUUAUGCAAAUCGGCGCAAUUGAACAAACGCAGCUUUCCAUUAUAUCCUUUAUCCACGUGAUGGCACGAUAUCAGUUUCCCGUCGUGUCGAGUUACCCUUCGAUCAUCAACCGCAAGGGAUUCGUAAGUCGUUCGACGCGAUGUCGUCGAAACGUGGAAGAUAAAUCUCUUGCUCGUCCAGAGAGAUUCAAGUUCACCGAAUCGAAAUUUUACGACGAGAAUAACCGAUGUACCGUCGCAUAAAGGUCUUUGUCUCUUUGCUAAGAUCUCGGAUGAAAUCGGAUUGAGACGGUGGACGAAAAGCGGUACGCGGCAUAUUGCCGCUGAAUCUCUGUUACGUGCCGCGUUUGGGAAGACAGGCAUUAUGGAGAUAAGGAUUAUGGAAGGAUAUCUUUCUCGAAAUUUGAUUCUUUGAAUCAAGUAACAGAGUAGCAUUCCACGUUUGGAAAUUUUUUAAUUCUUCUUUUAUAAUCUUUCCGUAUCUCGUCUUUCCUUAGUUAAAAUUGUCUAUCUGGCGUUUCUUUUUUAACUUUUCAAGAUAUAUCGAAAUAUCUUAAAGUAAAAAAAGUUAAAAAGAGAUACUUUAUAGGGAUUUAAAAUCAAUGAUAUAAUUUAGGAAAGGGAAUAUUGACCAAGGAAAUGAUGAAAAACUUUACUAAUACAAAAAGAUAAUAAAAAUAAUCUUUCAAGUUGCUUAUGAUGAAAAUUUAUAACUAAACUAUGGAUAUUUAUACAUUUAUGCAAAAUUUAAAUAUACAAAAAUCUGCAGCUACAUUUUUUCGUCUUCACGUAUCUUAUCACGUACUUAUAAAUUUAAUUUUGCAUAAAAAAAUACGCACUCAUAUCUGAUAAUUUCGAAAUUAUGCAAAAUUGGUGUGAAAUUCCCGAAUCUCCAACUUAACAAAAAUUAUCUUACUUUAUAAAUACUCUUCUGCAUCCUCUGCAUCUUGUCACCUAAUUUAUUUGUUCCACAGCAAUCCACGAACUCCUUUCGAGCCCCAAAAGAGCAUUACACGUAAUUAACACGAGUCAACAAAGUCCAGAGAUCUUUCUAUCGAGGGAAAAGGAGGGAUAUACGAGACAAUAUCUUCGCGAGAUUUUACCGUUCCCUCGAGAUUAUUGCUCCACCAUCACCGGAAGCAGCUACAAAACCAGCAAUCUCAAUGAGGAGAGGAACAGUUUCGAAUCUUUGGAAAUCCUUGGAGGAGGAGCCACGAGGUUAGAGAAUAAGAAUGAAAAAGAAAAAAAAAGGAGGCGAGGAGGAUGAAAAAAAGAAAUGGUGAAAGUCGAGGUUUAAUUUAAUCGGACAAAGUGUUGAGUCGAGGCGCUUGCGCAGCCGCCGUGCGUUCCUGGACCACCACCGACCAUGCUCUAGUAUCACACGCCGACGUCGACGUCGUGGUGGUGUUCGUUGUCGUCGUCGCGACGCCCAGUGAUCGUGCCGUCCGCGUCUCUUCGAGCAGUACGCGUCCACACGUCGCGACGACACGGAUCCGGAUCGUGCACUCAGUCGCCGUUCUUCGAGUGCUCGUGAAUUUCGAUCGAAAUCCUUUGUGCACGUGACCCUGAAUACGAGAUUAUUUAUUAUCUUCGUUCGUCGUGACGUUUUCCUCCCUGUGCACGAGCUCCUUCAGUGAACGUCUCUUCGUUCGGGAUUCGGCGGAAAACGAUGUGGCCAACAGGUCGACUCGUGUCUUCGAGCAGGAAUCGAGAGGAUUGAAAAGGAAUCGCGUUUGUCGCUUGUCUAGAAUUUGGGCUAGGUCAGUGAGACAAGGUGCGAGCGAGAGAUCCGAAUAACAACAAGAACGGGGAUAGCGGAUAGAUUAAAAAUUAUCAUUUUCUCUACACGAUGAUAUCUCAAGAACCGGAAAUCGUAUCGAGAUAAAUCAAAAAACACCUUAAAGGAUUCGUUCCGGAAUUCCGCAGCAUCAACGGAGCAAACGUGCACCAGUGACUUUCGAGUUAUCGCCGGAAGUGCGAUCGUUUCACGGCUGACGGAAUGACGUCGGCCCCGUCCUCCGCAUCGUCGUCGUUGACGCAGCCAUCCCUCGUCUGUCCCCCGAUUCCCGAUAGAAUACGUGGAACGCGCGCUUAACCAGUGAAAACCGAUCCAACCCUUCAACAAUCGAGAAAUCUUGGGAUUCUUUCGUUCCCUCGUGGCGAUCCAUCUUCCCUAAGUGAUCGAUCACAGACAGAUUUCAGAUCGGAUCCGAUCCGCGGGCGAAAAAUCUGCACGAAAGAAAUUGACAAGGAGCGGUUUCUUGGAGAAAUUUCUUUUCUUUUCUUUUCUCGAGGAAUACGAUUUAAUAAACAGCACGCGAAAACAAGAUGAACACGACGAUAACGAGCAUGAUAAGCGGCACGAGUAUCGAUUACUCUCAGAUAACGAGUCAGGAGGAUUCGACUAUCCAGAACUGCGAGGCCGAUCUGCCGAUCAUUUCGUUGGUCAACCAGGUUCUUUACUCCAUCGUGUGUAUCGUCGGCCUCCUCGGCAACACGCUGGUCAUCUACGUGGUGUUGCGGUUCUCGAAAAUGCAAACUGUAACGAACAUGUACAUCGUGAACCUGGCGAUAGCGGACGAGUGUUUCCUAAUAGGUAUACCGUUCCUCGUCACAACGAUGAGUCUACGCAGUUGGAUAUUCGGGAAGAUAAUGUGCAAGGCUUACAUGACCACAACAAGUAUCAACCAGUUCACCAGCAGCAUAUUCCUCUUCAUCAUGAGCGCGGAUCGCUACAUCGCCGUUUGCCAUCCUAUCUCCUCGCCGAAAAUUCGGACGCCGUUCAUCUCGAAGGUGGUCUCGCUGACGGCCUGGGCAACCAGCGCUCUCUUCAUGAUACCUAUAUUUCUGUAUGCGAACGCUAUGGAAUCCGAGAAAGGGAUCAACUGCAACAUAUACUGGCCCAACGACCGCGGAGGCCACACCACCUUCACCUUGUACACGUUCAUCUUAGGCUUCGCCAUCCCCUUGAUCCUCAUACUGAUCUUCUACUUCCUCGUGAUCAGGAAACUGCAGACGGUGGGGCCGAAGAACAAGUCGAAGGAGAAGAAACGAUCUCAUCGCAAAGUGACGAAACUCGUGCUCACCGUGAUCACGGUGUACGUUCUGUGCUGGCUGCCUUACUGGCUGAUGCAGGUGGCGCUCAUCUACACCCCGCCCAAACAGUGUCAGAGCAAGAUCACGAUCACUAGCUUCCUGCUCGCCGGUUUCCUCAGUUACAGCAACAGCGCGAUGAACCCGAUCCUGUACGCGUUUCUAAGCGAUAAUUUUAAAAAAAGUUUCUUGAAAGCGUGUACCUGCGCCGCUGGCAAGGACGUGAACGCCACGUUGCACAUCGAGAACAGCGUGUUUCCACGCAGGAACAAGGCGAACGCGGACAGGCUUCAAUCGAAUCGGCUGGUCGUAUCCGGCCACUCGAGGCUGGAGUUGGAGGACGAGGACGCGGAGAGGGGGCUGUUGAUCAGCAAAACUUCGACGACCACGGUGACCAUGACGUCACGAUCGAACAUCACCAUAGGUAAUGAGCCGAAGGAGCAGGGGCAGAAAGAGAAAGACGCGUUGAAGAACGGGGUGCAGCUGACGUUGUUGACUCAAGUGUAGACGAAGGGGAACGACGAUGCAACCAAGUAGUGGAAACGAUGAACGAGGAAGAGGAGGCCUCUUUUCUCCUCCUCGUCGCGGUGGACCAAUGAGCCUAGGAUUCAUCGCGCGUGGAGAAAGAAUCCCUCGUUGAGGAAAGAAGGGGAAGGGAGAUCGAUUUGUUUUUUUAAGAGCAGGAUUUUUAUUAUGAUAUCAUCGAAUUUUUAUUCGCAUUUGUCCUCGUGAUCGCGGUACCAAAAGUUUCUCGGGCGUUAACCGACUGUAAAUGUUUUUCGUAUUUAUUUUCGAGCGAAAGAAAUGGGAGGAAAUCGUUUGAGAAAUGAAAUGAAGCGUUUCUUGACCCGAGCCGUUACUCUUCGAUGGAAAUAUAGGUCAAGAGCAAUAUGGAUGUUUCGUGUAACUUUGCCAAGAACGUCAAAGUUCUCGAUAUCCAUAAAUGCAGAGAUAUUGGGCGAACUAACCUCUUUUGGAAGGAGCUGAAGAGGCGAGACUAAUCUCCAGGAAACCAUCGUUCAUGGAUCGAGCAUGAACGUUAAUUAGAAAGUACAAUCAUCCCCCAAUUUGGUUACAUCGUUUCGAAUUUAAUUGUACCUUCUCAUUUGUCGAUAACAUGAACAUCAUUCCAAUGAAAAUAUCAAUGUAUAUAUAUUGUCACAAUAUCCGUAUAAAUCACGUAAAAAAUCACGUGAAAAGGCAAGUCGAAAUUUAUCUUCCCUAUUUAUAUUUUCUUGUCUUAAAUGGAACCAAUUAUAUUAAAUACAUGAAUUCGGGGGAUGAUUUGUAUCGAUAUGCAUCGAUGUAUACUCGUGAAACAGUUUUGGAGAACCGAUUCUUGGAGAAGCAAGAAAGAAAGAUUGGAAUAUAAAAAUCCGAUCAAUGUUACGGGAAACUUGACAUUUUUGCGUAUCAACUUUCAUUCGUUCCUUCAAAAUCGAUCUUCCAAAAGUGUCUUUUACGAAUGCAUUCCUCGUAUAAAUUAACCAAGAAAAAAAAAUAUAUCUUGUAUAUACCAUUGCACGAUUAUUAACAUAAUCAUCGAUCGAUAUCGAUCGUUUCAACGAAGAGGAAACGAACGAUUCCCGGUGCCAAAAAAAAAAAAGCGGAGCCACGUUUCGAAAGAGGAUACGUGUAUCUUAUCAGCGACGCACCUUUUCACGAAGAAUUCUAUUCGAUCCACGGGUCAAAAGAAGAUCAACACGCCACAUCCACGAGGGGAGGAACGAAUUCUCUCCGGGGACAAAACGCGGCUCGCAUAACCUUCUUCUCCUUAUUUUCCUUGUCCUUCCUCCAUUAUUUCCACUCGCUCAACCCUCCUCCUCCACACUCCACCUUCGUGACAACACGCACAUUGCGCAGGAGGGGAGGAAAAUCGUGGCGGGGAUCGAGAUCAAAUUGUUUCCGAGACUCUCGAGGAGAUAUCUCGCGAGCGAUCUCGAGAGAGGUUUGCGGCCGCGUUUCGGGUAUUUUAUCGGCGUGUUUCGGAUCGAUUUAGUUGGUGGAAGAUGAAAUUCGUAUGUAAAUCAUGGGACGGAGGCGAAUAUUCAACGACGCGUUACGAAGAAUUUAUCGGUACUAAGUUAGGAUUUAUAGGAAGUCACGAAUCGAAUUCCUGAAACAGAGGAUCAAUGUAUUAUUGCAUCGAAGUGAACACCAAAAAAAAAAAAAGAAAAAAAAGAAAAAAAAUGAAGUUUAUUUAUUUGAUUUGUUGGUGUUGUCGUUUUAGAUUAGAUAGAGAAUUGUGAUUCUUAUUUGACUUGAUGGAAGUUUAAAAGAUGAAAAUUCGUGUGUAUUAACACCAAUAAUAUUGUUAGGUUGUCCGAAAAUAAAAAUAAAAAUUUUGGGAAUUAUUGAACGUAAAAACUUUUUUAAUUAACUCGUUAAUUAAAAAAUUGUUUUGCAAAGAAGACAAUGGCAUAAACAUUUAUAAAAUUUUGUACAAAUCUGAGCGACACAGCUUGAGAUUAAGAAAGCUGUAUAAAUUUUGAAGAUCUUUAUUUCAAGUAUUAAAGUAUUACGUAAUUACUUUCUGGACAACCUAAUAAAUCGUUUCACGAGAAUCGAGUGAAUUCGAUCAACUUUAUGACUGUCAAUUGUCUUAUGAAAGAACAAGAAAAAAAAGAGAAUCGUAUCAACUUUCUGUACUUACAUAAGUCGUAUAAUGUAAAAUAAAUUAAUUAGCGCAUAAAUGUAUAAAGUCUCGAGAAGGAACGAAUUUGUAUUCGCAGGUGACACGUUGAAAAAUCGAAAGAAAAGAAUCGCAAGAAAGAUCUAUCGUGUUUUGAAGAACAAGAAUCAUUGCAUGUUGGCUUUAAUAAAGGAAGAUCCACAAGAAAUAAAUAAAUUGCAAUAGUAAUUCAUUCAAUGCGAUUCUUCUCGUUAAUUUCAACAUUAUAUACAAUUGAAUACAGGCAAUAAUAUACGUAACUCGCAAAAAAAUGGAAUUAAGAAGGGAAUUCUUAUAUUCAUCAUCAUUAACGUUUAAAAUUUCCUGAAAAUUAAUUUCAAAAAAUGGUAUUACAAGAAUUGAUAUUUCUCAAUAAAUUAAUAUAAUAUCGAAUAUUGGUAUCAACAGUAUCAUUAAUUUCCAUAUUUCCAAUUUACUAUUAUCAAAUUUUCGAAAUAAAUUCACAAACGUGACCGUUUUAAAUUUUCAAAUUCCAAUUCGUUUUAAUUUUCAACAACAAUAAAUUAUUGAAACGAUGUAGACAUUAAUAUAUCUCAAAUUUUCCAAAUUCCGUUUUAUUCCAACCACCAAUACAAUGAUAACGAAUUCAUCAAAAGUACAUUGUUGCUACUUCGAAACAUCGAAAAGGAACAAUUCCUAUUGAAACGAAGAAUCCAAUACGUCGAGAACGACGAUCGAGCCAUGGUAACUUUAAACAACUGAGCCUAAGCUUCCAUUCUGAAAAUUCUGGUUAUUGUACAAAGGCGGACGUCAAAGAAGAUUUAAGACUGUUUACACGAUCGAAUCAGUCGUAAAACGGGCUUUCAACGUAUCACGUGCGAGCACAGCUUUGUUUCAGCUCGCUAAUUUCAGUCGACACACUGCAAGGAACAUUGUAAAGAACGAAGCAUCAUGUGGUGUGUUUCUUCACGGAAACGAAGAUCUUUAAAAAAGGGCGUAAAAAGAUGUAAAAAUAAUUAUUUCGAACUAUCGAAACGAAUGAGGGAAAGAAUCUUGAGACUUGUUUUCUUAAUUGUGUAGUGAGAAUGAGAGAACUACGAGAAAAUGUUUUCUUUUUUUUUUCAAUUAUCCAUUGAUUAUUGGAUCGUCGAUACGAAAGGGUUGAGAAAUACAAAAAGUGAAACGAACAAUGAUGAUGGUUGUCGAUAUUUAAUCGAAUUGAAUGAAUAUUUUUGAAAAAUUUAAAAUUAAAGUUAAAAUAAUUCCUCUCGAUCAUCAUUGGCAACGUUAUCUCAAUCGAUCUUUAUUUAAUAAUUUGAGCAGAUUUACCAGCAUCGAUAACCAUCUGUAACACUCCAUUUGUGUUGGAGAAAAAUUAUAAAUAACGUGGAUGAAGGAUAUAAGUUAAAUAUAAAAAGCACUCGAAGGGGAAAAAUUUGUGAAAAAUUAUUCGAAAAAUGGUUUCACAGGUAAUUCCACCGUGAGAAAGGCGAUAUGAAUUUUUAUUGAAACGUUAAAUUCGAAGAUCUAUCGAAGCAACAUAUAUUAAAAUAAAGUAUAAAUAUUUUGUUUGGUGCAUAAGCUUCGAAGAAAGAAAUAAAAAAAUAUAUUUCGC